GAGUCGAUGACAGCGCCAAUUGUGACAACAUGGUGGAACUAAAGUAAUCAUAUGACUUUCGUCAUAAUUCUGCUGCUUACAUCUAUUGAUUCGUGUCUUGGUCUCGAUUCUCGCUCGACAUAGUUUUUGUGUGUAUCAGAAAUGGCGAGCCAGACCCAGGGAAUCCAGCAACUAUUGGCUGCUGAAAAGCGGGCUGCCGAAAAAGUCUCCGAGGCGAGAAAGCGAAAAGCGAAACGUCUAAAGCAAGCCAAGGAGGAGGCCCAAGAUGAGGUAGAAAAGUACAGACAGGAACGAGAGAGGCAGUUCAAGGAAUUUGAGGCCAAGCACAUGGGUACAAGGGAAGGUGUGGCUGCUAAAAUUGAUGCCGAGACCAAAGUUAAGAUUGAAGAAAUGAACAUAAUGGUGCAGCAGAAACAAGAGCUGGUGAUCAAAGACAUCCUCAACUUGGUCUACGACAUCAAGCCGGAGCUUCACGUCAACUAUCGCUUGAAUUAAGCAUAAAUAUAAAUCGUCGCGUUUGCGGUCACACUAUUAUAGCCCAUAAAGUUAUUAUAAUUCAGUUUUUAAUCGAUAGGCACUUUACAGUUAUUAUACGUUAAAAUUUGGCGCUUUCGCCAAUGAUGAGCUUGAGAUUAGAUGAUGGCGUACGCAAACAUUGAGACCGUAUAGAAUUGCGCCAUUGCUGUAAAUUAAAAUUUGCUUAUUUCGCCAUAUUACCAUGAUUAUAAUUGUUGAAUUGAUAUAGAUAAGCUUAUUUAUAUUGUAUGUAUCGUGAAAUCAGCUCGAUAUCAUUCCAUUCGAAUUAAAUUGAAGAUCCGCUAAAAACGUUAUACCUAUGUUGAUAAAUAUUUAAAUAACUUAC